ACUUAAAAAAAUAAAUAAGUGAAAUUCCAAAGGGAGAUAAUUAAAAAUCGAUUUGGUAUGAGAAAAAUCUACCGGUAUGGUAUGAGAGAACCAAAAUCGAGCGGUCGUUAAUAAUUAGAACGAAAACAGAACAAAGAGAGAACGAAAACAGAACAAAGAUUGCGAAGAGAAAUGAUGAUGAUCAGCUCCUCCUCCAUUACAUCAUCCCUUUCUCUUCUGUCUUCAUCUCCUGAGAAAUUGCCCCUCAUAAACCCUAUCCAGAGAUGCCCAAUUACUUACUCCGGCUUCAGAACGGCGAGCGUGAACAGAGCUAUCCGGCGGCAGCCGCAGAGUCCAGCCGUGUCCGCCACUGAAUCUAGGGUUUCUCUCGUCCUUGCUCUCGCCUCUCAAGCUUCCUCUGUCUCUCAACGCCUUUUGGCUGAUUUGGCGAUGGAGACUGCGAAAUAUGUGUUUCCCAAGAGAUUUGAUAGCUCUACUAAUCUUGAAGAAGCUUUCAUGUCUGUUCCGGAUCUCGAGACAAUGAACUUUAGAGUUCUAUUUAGAACAGACAAGUACGAGAUUAGACAAGUUGAGCCUUAUUUUGUGGCCGAGACUAUAAUGCCAGGGGAAACUGGAUUUGACUCUUAUGGUGCUUCCAAGUCUUUUAAUGUUUUAGCUGAGUACCUCUUUGGUAAGAACACAAUAAAGGAGAAAAUGGAGAUGACGACCCCUGUUGUUACUCGGAAAGUCCAAUCUGUUGGAGAGAAGAUGGAAAUGACAACUCCAGUGAUAACUAGCAAGGCAAAAGAUCAAAACCAGUGGCGGAUGUCUUUUGUCAUGCCCUCAAAGUAUGGUUCGAAUUUGCCAUUACCAAAAGAUCCUUCAGUCAAAAUUCAGCAAGUGCCACGAAAGAUUGUUGCUGUUGUCGCCUUCUCAGGCUAUGUUACCGAUGAAGAGAUUGAGAGACGGGAGAGAGAACUAAGGAGAGCUCUUCAAAAUGACAAGAAGUUCCGAGUGAGAGAUGGAGUAUCAUUUGAAGUUGCACAGUAUAAUCCACCAUUCACUCUCCCGUUUAUGCGCCGCAACGAGGUCUCUCUCGAAGUUGAAAACAAAGAAGAUUAGCCCCAUCACAAGUCAUACAUACAUGUAUAUAUUAUAUGUAUACACAGUUAAAUACUUGUGCUAAAGACAAAACGCGUUUACUUGAAUAGUUGAAAAUGAGUAGUAAUUACUGGUCCUGGAAGCCAUUUUCUUCACCCACCAUUAUGAUGCAUCUUUACUUCGCUUAUAGCCCACUAGAGAUGCCUACUAUAGGCUUUGAAAUUAACCCAAAGAAGCACUCAGGACCUUUUAACUUUUGGAAAAUUCCGUCCUAACAAGUUUACAUUUUUGGGGUUUAGUACAAAUUUUUAAACUUUCUACAAAAAGGGUUUCAUGUACUACCAACCCUUGGAACAGUAUUUCUGGGAAUUACAAGUUUUCUUCUUUUCUCUUGAACAAGCUUGUGUUAUCUAUCUAUGUAUAUAAGUAUAUGUCACAUAUAUAUCUAGAUAUAACAUCCCAUGGGCUAAUCAGUUUCAGGAAUGCUAUCUAACAAAGGUCUCCAGCCUUCUUUAUGACACUCAUCAUCAUCAUCACACAGAUGUUGCUUAGCAAGAGUCCUAUAAACCAUUUCAUGAACAGAACCUCCUUGAAGCAGCUUCUCCAGCUCUUGCUUACUCACAACCAUCUUCACUCUCACAACACCAUUAGUCUUCUCCUUGGUGUUGUCACAACAAUCUGUUAAUCUAUCUUCUUCUUGUUCUUCUUUUUCCACCUCUGGAUUUGCAAACCUGACUUUCUUCAUCGUCUUCUUCAUGUGCUUGAUUGAGUUAGUCUCCUGGGGCAAUAGAUAGUAGAGACGGCCACAGAGAAGCUUGGCUUGGGGAUGAAGAUGACAAUUGUUGGUGAGAGAGUCAAAGAGAGAGUAGUGAGGAGAGAAUUGGGUGAGGAUGUGAUGAACCUUCAUAGGUCCUCUGUAUUCAACUACUUUCCCAUCAUUUCUCAUUAUCUUUAUCACUUUCUUCUCCAUUACUAAACAGUUCCCCAUACUUUUUGUUUGUUUGUUUGUUUUUUUCUAACUUUAGUUUGUGCUUUCUUCUGUAUAUGUGUUUAGAGAUUUUUUUGUUUCUUGAGUUUUGG